AUGGAUUCAAGAAAGCACGAGGCGGACGAGGAGGAACAGACGUUUCUCCCCAAGGCCAUCAACAACGAUCAUGAGGGGCUUGGGGAUCACCGCCCCCGGACACGAGGCGUGGUGUGGUACUUGCGGUUGUUGCUAGAAAUUGCCAUGGCCGCCACCAUCGUGUAUCUCCUCGUCGCGAAACCUCUCAUUGCGAGCCGGCCUACCCUCCGGCGCACGCCCGUGCCUCAGUUCGAGCGAAAGAUCUACACAUUCCAAGACAACCCCCGAUAUGUCCGGGGAGAUAUGUGGUUCAACGAAACGUUAACUCUCCAGACCCUCCAUAACUGGAUCGAGCUGAGCGCAGACAGCCGAGGCUACGUCGUCGUCGCCGACGCCGACCGCUACGACCUCCCCGAGCCAUACACAGUCGCGCUGGACCGGCACAACGACGGACCAGGCUACAUGAUGACCGUCUUUCACCAGCUGCACUGCCUGUCCUACAUCGCGGAGCACUACCAGCAAGGAUACGGCGGAGUCGAGCUGACCGAGGAGGUCGCCCACCACACGGCGCACUGCUUCAACUACAUCCGCCAGGGCAUCAUGUGCUCGGCUGACACCACGCUCGAGGGUCACACGGGCGCUGGGCCGGGGGAAGGGUCGGAGCAUGAGUGUGUUGAUUACGAUGCUGUCUUGGAGUGGGCUAAUUCGAACUCGGCGAUGAAGUGGAGGAAUGGGCUGUUGCCGUCAAAUUCGAUUUUGUGA